UACCAUUUAUUUAUUUAUUUUUAAGUUGAGAGAUAGCCGUGUUUCGAGGGUCUGCGGCGAGUUUGUCAAACUUAUAUGAAGAUAGUUUGGUAGGCGUUGGAAGCUUAUCUGUAGAAGAAGCUAGGGCUACGAUUUUUGAAUUCCUGAUUCGCCUAUUUAGGUCGUGGGUUGCUUUGGGAGAUAACGAAUUUUGUAGUUAUUAUCAGUUCAAAGAUCAGAAGAGUUUACUUUGUUGUUGUAGAGAGAUUUGAGCAUAAAAAUCAGAUGAAUUUGAUGUGGAAGUAUUGGGUUUUGGGUGUACAAAUGGGAGAGGAUUUUAGGGACACAAACCCGUGCUUUUUGAAAGAAAUCUAGUAUUUAUUGCUUUGGUUGGUCAAAAUUUUGCUUUUUUUUUUUUUUUAAUGGAAUAUCCAUUUUCAUCUAGAGAAAAGGGUACCGGUUAUUGGGCUUCUCCAAAAGUUCAGAUGGAGGGUGUACCAUUGGAUGGUGGUACAAGGCAUUCAAUUUCGGAGGAAUCCUUUAAUAAUAUUGCAGAGCUUGUGAAUUUUGAUACAUAUGCUGGAUGGUGUUGCAGCCCCUCAACGACGGACCAAUUGUUUAUGUCUAAUGUGUUGUCACCCCUUCAGUCAAUGCCCGCAAGUUACAUGCCGUUUGAUGCAUUGAACUUCAGUGAACAAAAUACUGCUGCAUUCGCUGUGUCUGAUGGUGAUGUUGUGGGGAGUUCUUACAGUGGUGGAGACAAAAUGAUGUUCCAACAUAUGAAUACCCAAUUGGAUUUUUUGGUGGAUUCUGCUGGUGGGGAUUACUCUGGUGCUAAAAUGGGUAGUGGUUAUUUUCAGCAAAAUAUAGGGAAUUGUGGGAUCCCUAGGCCACUUUCACAAACGCUUGCAGAGAAGAUGCUGAAGGCGUUGUCCUUGUUUAAAGAGUCAUGUAGAAGUGGUAUUUUGGCCCAAGUUUGGGUUCCAAUCAAGCAUGGUGAUCAGUAUAUCUUAAGCACUUGUGAGCAACCCUACUUGCUCGAUCAGAUGCUUGCAGGGUAUCGUGAAGUAUCAAGGGCAUUUACCUUUUCUGCAGAAGUAAAACAAGGUUCUUUUCCCGGGUUACCUGGUCGUGUAUUUAUUUCAAAAACUCCCGAGUGGACCUCAAAUGUGGUAUACUACAACAAGACCGAGUACUUGCGUGUUCAGCAUGCAGUUAAGCAUGGAGUUCGUGGAUCCAUUGCUUUACCCAUUUUUGAAGAUGAUCCCCUUGAAAUGUCAUGUUGUGCUGUGCUCGAACUUGUAACCACGAAAGAGAAACCCGACUUUGAUUUGGAGAUGGAGACUGUUUGUCAUGCACUCCAGGCUGUGAAUUUAAGAAGCACUACACCUCCUAGGCUUUAUCCCCAGUGCUUGUCUAACAAUCAAAUGGCUGCUUUAGCUGAGAUAACCGAUGUUUUACGAGCUGUAUGUCAUGCACAUAGAUUGCCGCUUGCUCUAACGUGGAUUCCAUGUAGCUACAAUCAAAGAGUUGGUGAUGAAAAUAUAAGAGUACGUGUGAGAGAGGGUAAGGCAAGUUUAAAUGAGAAAUGUAUAUUAUGCAUUGAGGGUACUGCUUGCUAUGUGAACGAUGGAGACUUGCAAGGAUUUGUGCAUGCAUGCGCAGAACAUUAUCUCGAGGAAGCCCAAGGUAUAGUCGGAAAAGCUUUGCAAUCAAAUCACCCGUUUUUCUUCCCUGAUGUGAAAGAAUAUGACAUCAGUGAGUAUCCACUGGUCCAUCAUGCGCGCAAGUUUGGGCUGAACGCCGCUGUUGCAAUCAGGUUAAGGAGCAUGUACACUGGCAAUGAUGACUAUAUAUUAGAGUUUUUUCUACCCCUAAAUAUGAAAGGGAGCACGGAACAGCAACUCUUGUUGAACAACCUCUCUGGCACUAUGCAAAGGAUUUGUAAGAGUUUAAGGACAGUUUCGGAUGCUGAAUUAGUUGGUGCAGAGGGUUCUCAAUUUGCAUUUCAAAAGGAGUUGGUCCCCAACUUCCAAACUGAGGCAAUUUCAAGGAAAACCACCUCUCGAGAGGCAUUAUUAGAUAGCAGUUUGAAUUCUGUUGAUCAAAUGCCACUUCCACUGGAUGGUCUUGAUGUAUUUGAGUCAAAAACUAUUGGAUUAGAACCAAAUGGUCCUCGUGAACAGACGAGUGGAUCAAGGAGACUAACAGAGAAAAGGCGGAGUACAGCAGAGAAGAAUGUUAGCUUAAGUGUUCUUCAGCAAUACUUUUCUGGGAGUCUUAAGGAUGCUGCCAAAAGCAUUGGUGUUUGCCCUACUACACUGAAGAGGAUAUGCAGACAACAUGGGAUCUCAAGAUGGCCAUCCCGCAAGAUAAACAAAGUGAACCGUUCCCUAAAGAAAAUACAAACUGUGCUAGACUCUGUUCAGGGGGUUGAAGGAGGCCUUAAGUUUGACCCGACCACUGGUGGUCUUGUGGCAGCUGCAGAUUUUGAUGCAGGGACAAGUAGUAGUAUUCUCUUCCCUACCAAAAAACUUUCUGUUCAAAAUCCUGAAUCACUUACCCAACAUGAAUCAGCAGCAAUAUCAUCUGUUUGUCCUUCAACCAAUCAUGCUGACAAUUCUGCCAUCAAAUUGGAAGAGGACCAUUUCAUCAUGGGUGGUGGAAACCAAGUAGGGCCUCCGAGGAGUAGGACGAGAAGUCAAUUCAUGCCAAACACCAAAAAUAAUACUAAUACUAAUACUAAUACUAAUACUAAUACUAAUACUAAUAAUAAUAAUAAUAAUAAUUCCGACUCUCUUGUGGGUGAAUGUUGUGAUGACUCCAAAUCAACUGGAUUAUUAUUAGAUGCUAGGCCAUUGCAGCCACCAGAUGAGAUGGAUACUACUGGAAUGGAUGGUGGUGAUAAUGCUGGCAUGAUGAUGAUGGAAGCUGAUGAUGAUGGGGUAGUUAUUGAACAUAACCAACCUACCACCUCUUCAGGCAUGACUGACUCAUCCAGCGGGUCUGGUUCAGGCAUGACUGACUCAUCCAGCAGGUCUGGUUCAAGGGCGCAUGGUAGUUCAUCAAGCUCUCCAAGCUUUGGUGAACAACAGGAACACACCAAACUCCAAACCAGUUCAAAAAUCACCGUGAAAGCUACUUACAAAGAAGAUACAGUGAGGUUCAAAUUUGAGCCUUGUGGAGGGUGUCACAAACUAUAUGAUGAGGUUGGGAAGAGGUUCAAAUUGCAUAUGGGAACAUUCCAGCUCAAGUAUCUGGAUGAUGAAGAGGAAUGGGUGAUGUUGGUAACAGACUCUGAUCUGCAAGAGUGUCUUGAUAUAUUGGAUUUUGUUGGCACUUGUACUGUGAAAUUUCUGGUUCGUGAUGCCACUUGUUCCAUGGGCAGCUCUGGUAGUACCAAUUGCUUCUUGGCAGGAGUUUCUUAGAAGUUGCUCUCUAUAUAUGUGCGGUUACCAUGGCUGGCUAGGCAAUGACAUUCUCUUGAGAGAGGGCUUGAGUUGUUCAUUCAUAGGGUAACAAUCAUGGUGUGACACAUCAUUAUUCGGUUGGUUUAGUUGCCACGUCUCGCAUAUAAUGCUUCAAAUUACAAUGAUGAAAGUUAUGAUUGGUUGGUUUGAGUUGAAAGGAAAUUACUGGAAGGAUGGAUGUGAGAGUCCACACUUGUGUCAAUGUAUGUAUAAACCUGUAGAUGCUAGAAACAGCAAUGGAAGUUGUAGUUGUAAUGGUGAGGAUACAUCUUUUUCCCUUUUUUCCUUUUUUGGGGUAAGCCAAGAUAGUUUCUGAGCAUGAUCAUGCUUUUGAAUCUCUGCUUUGCUUUUUUAAUACUCUGUUGUAUGCUGAUGAUUCAGAUGUAUACUCCUGGAUAAUUAUUUAGUAAUUUUGGAAUACCAUUGUGUCGAUGUGAUGUUCUUGACUAA